CGAGGGGCGGAGCCUGCCCGGCGUGAGCCGGGAACGCGCGGUGUGAUUGCCCAGGAGAAAGGAAGGCGCUCCAGUUCCGGGUCAGGCCCUUCGCCCGCCUCCUUCGGCCUCCGCCAUGGCUAGCAGCAGUGGCGCCGGGUCGGCGGCAGCGGCAGCGAAUCUGAAUGCGGUGAGGGAGACCAUGGACAUCCUACUUGAGAUUUCAAGAAUUUUGAAUACUGGAUUAGAUAUGGAAACUCUGUCUAUAUGUGUGCGGCUUUGUGAACAAGGAAUUAACCCAGAAGCUUUAUCAUCAGUUAUUAAGGAACUUCGCAAGGCCACAGAAGCCUUAAAGGCUGCUGAAAAUAUGACAAGCUGACUUUCUGAAGAAAUCCUGAUGGGCUAUGUCAAGCUGUGUAAGAAGAUUGAAGGUUGCAUUGUAGUCAAGAACAUACGAUGAAAUCACUGCAUGUAGCAAUGUGGAAACAUUGUCCUUUUUAAAAGAAUUAUAAAUCCAUAGCUCUAUAAAUCAGUGGAAAGUGGCUUACAGAGAAAACUAUCAGUUGUAUUUACAUCACAUCUUUUUUUUUUUUCUUUAACCGCUCUAAUGCUUUGGCAUUGCUGUGUUCAUAUUUAUGUAUUCCUAAUUUAUAGCUCUGAUAGCUUUAAUUUUCUAAGCAGUCUGUCUAUCAGAUGUGCACAUCUGCUGUGCCUGGGUGAACUAUAGUGGAACCCAUCAGCAGUAAUGUUGUAGUUAAGACUUGUUGACAUUUCCAUUAUAAACUUAAAUUUUGAAUUGUUUAUGCAAAAUAACUGUGGAUUUAUGUUGUAUUAAGCUGAAAGUUGACAGGAUUUCCGCUACCAUGUGUGGAUUUUUGAUUUAGAUUCAUUAUGCAUAUCAGAAUCUUGUUUUUUAUAAGAACAUGGAAAACGUGUUGUUAAUCUGCUCUUUAACAAAGAAUAUUUCUUUUUUUAAACAUCAAGUUUGAGUGGCAGUUAGUAGUGUUACCCAGAUCAUAUUAAUAUUGACUGAAGAGUAAAACUUUUAGAAAACUGAAAUUUUAAAGGUAAUGACUGUGCUUAGCUUAGUAUUUGUCAUUUGAUUCAUUUAAAUUUAGGGAAGAUAUUAAUUGAGAAUGUGUUUCUAAGUUUUUAAUUCAUAAUGAAACAAUUCCAACAUGAAAAGUCUUUUUACUUUUGUUAAAUAAAAAUAAUUUGAGUGCUUACUUAAUAAAAUACCUUGAGUGGUUAUCUAGUAAAUCACCAAACAGGUGGUGACAUUCAUUAAAUAAUGUUACUAUUUUCUGAAGGAAUAAAGAUUUCCAGUCAUUAAACAAAAACUAAAUAAUCACGUUUUCUGCAUCAGGAAUUCUGAAUAUGCCUUUCUAAGAUCAUUUUUGUGUGUCAUUAUUUUUACCCUGUAAGUUUUAACUAAUUGAAGUAAUGGUUGAAAAUAAAGUUUAGAUAACUUAGGAUAAUAUGGUUUCUGUUCCUCUAACAGAAUUUCCAUGAACUUUUUUCCCAAGACUACUACCAAUUUAAUCUGAUUUUUUAAGAUUAUGUUAGCUUUCCAGUUAAAUGAUAGUACAAGCAUAUAUUCUUUGGUAGCAUAUUUUGUUUCUUCUAACAAACUAAAGUGAUUUUAAUAAGGCUUAAUAAUAUUUAAUGGGAACCUUCUGUUCUAUUUUUAAAAUCUAGUCUUUUGACUACGUUGACUUUUGAAUGGUGGCAUCUUUACCAAGUACAUGGAACGUCUGUUAAAGGGAGAACAGGUUGGGAGACAAUAAAGGUUUUGAUUAUAAGUCAUCUAUAUGAUUAAAAAACAUUGCAGACACUGCAUGUUGUUACUUAUAUAAAAUCAGAAAGAAAACACUCUUGUCAGGCUCCAAAAUUUGUAUAUACUUUUAGGUCAUAAGAGUUAAUAGUUUUAUUUAUAACUUAGAGAUUAUGUUAUUUAUGUAUGAAACAAAGCAGGAAAAUAUAUUGAGAAGGAGUUCUGUUUACAGAGGACUUUAAUGUGUUACAUUUCUUAAAUGUAAAUGUAUUUUUAAUGCAUACUUAAGUAAUACUUAAGGAAACCAAACAAAGUAAUGAUACAGUUGCAUUGUUGCGCAUGUUGUCAGUGUCCAAAAUAAAACCAUUUUGGUGAUAUCAGCCUGUA